ACCGCGGUGGCUUUUUGCUUCUCGAAUAUCGUGCAAGUAUUUGCUUUGUUAUUUUUUAUGUUUGUUUGGAGGUGUCCUUUUGGGUUCUUCGAGAGCGAAAAGAGAGGCAGGGGUAAGUGGCUUAGUGGCGAAGUGCUCCUCAUUCCUCAACCAUUGUGUGAAUACUGUGCAAUGAAGAAGGUAACGAAGGACAAAAAGCAAGAGAUAGUUAAAGAAAGAGACUGUGAAGACUGGUGUUUUGUUUGCAAAGAUGGUGGAGAGUUAAUUCUCUGUGACUUUGAUGAUUGUCUAAAGGUUUACCAUACAGAGUGUGUGAAAAAGGGUGAUUCCUUUCCGGGAACUGGUCAGCAAUGGACUUGUGCUCGGCAUUCUUGUACCAAAUGUCAUAAAGCCACCAAAUUAUAUUGCUACUGCUGUCCUAAAGCUGUAUGCAGUCGCUGCAUCAGUGCUGCUAAGUUUUUAGCUGUUAGAGGGAAUAAAGGAUUGUGUGAAGAAUGUCUAGAGUAUGUACAUUGUGUAGAAGAUAAAGAUGAUGUGGAUGCUGAUGGGGGUGAAAUAGACUUGACAGAUCGAGAUACGUAUGAAUGCCUGUUCCUGGAAUAUUGGGAAAUCAUAAAGGAAGCAGAAGGCUUGACAUGGGAUGAUGUCAAUUUGGCAGAGCUUGGGCUGAGAAAGCAUUCCAAACGCAGCUUCAAGUCAACUAAAAUUGGGAAGAGCAAAAAUGAUGGUGACUUGGUGAUAUAUGAUAGUGAUCUGGAAAUUACUGAAGCCUACAAAACAAGAAGAAAAAGGAAGGGGUCAAAGCCAAUUGAAUUUGAUGGAUGGGGAUCAAAACAGCUUAUUGAGUUCCUCACAUUUCUUGGAAAAGAUACAACAAAAGAGCUAUCACAAUAUGAAGUUAAUACAAUCAUCUGUGCAUACAUUCAAGAAAAGGAACUUCUUGAUCCUUUAAAGAAAAAGAAAGUUAUUUGUGAUGAAAAGCUCUAUUCAAUUUUUAGAAGGAAAUCUAUGUAUAAAAAUGCCAUACUUAAUCUUCUGGAGUACCAUUUUACUGCGAACUUAAUUGAUUCACAUUCAGAGGAUGAUGAAAAUAUAGAUGGAGUCGAAAUAAGUUUUCAAGAAAAAAGUGAAAAAUCCACUAUAACAUUCAAGAAACGGAACUCAAUGGGCUCUCGAACGAAGUCUGAAGAAAUGGAAGCAGUUCCUAGACUCCAUGACAGUGGUUUUGCAGCUAUAGUUACUGAGAAUAUCAAACUUGUCUACUUGAGGAAAAGCUUAGUGGAGGAACUGUCGAAGGAGCCUGAAAGUUUUGAAGGUAAGAUAGUGGGAAGCUUUGUGAAAGUAAAAAAUGACUCCAGAGACCCCAGUGCUAGAAAUUCUUACCAGCUCUCACAAGUUACAGGUAUAAAGCAAUCCUCAGUAAUUGGAGAGAAUAAGAGUGAAAUUCUUUUUAGAGUUUCCAGUAUGCCAAUAGAUGUAUGCUUUUCAAUGCUUUCAGAUUUGGACUUAUCUGAGGAUGAAAUUGAGGAUUUGAGACAAAAUGUGGAGGAAGGGUUACAUCCGAAACCUACUAUUGUGGAGCUUGAACAGAAGGCAAAACAGCUGCAUGUGGAUAUAACAAAACAUUGGAUUGAGAAAGAGCUGGCUAGGUUACAAAAACGCAUUGAUUUAGCGAAUGAGAAGGGAUGGAGAAGAGAGUUGUUUGAAUAUUUAGAUGAACUAGAACUGCUUAAGAAACCGUCUGAGCAGGAACGAUUGUUAGAACAGUCGCCAAAGGUCAUUCAACAGAUGGUCGAGUGCAAAACUUCUCCUCAGAUGUUUCAGAAACGAUACAGACCAAUAUGAUGGAUCAUGCAGGGGUGCGGGCUGGUGUAGGGGUGUAGAAAUCACCCAGCACUUAAACUGGAAAAUACCCAAGCUUGGCCAUAUCUCUGAUGGAUUUUGAGACUGAAACUGCUUUAAGCAACUUGGUCAUCCUUUUUGUUAGCAAACUAUUUGGGAGAAAAUUUUGUUCAAUGUCAGGGAUGGGUGUAUUAUGUCAUAAAUUUGCACUAUAUAUUAUAAUUUACAACAUAUAGUUGCUUAUCAUCCUA